ACCAGGUCUUUGAGCAGGCAGGCUGCGGCGAACUGCACAGCGGAAGUUUGAAGGCGCCGGAGGCAAGGUAGCUGCAGCGGCGCCGCGGUCUCCGCUGAUCCCCUCUCCAGUCCACUCUGCGGAAACAUACGCCAAGACGAGCCUGGGUGAGAGAUCCGGACGGGAGGAAGAGCCUUUUUGACACAGGAACAUGGAUCUGGAAACCAAAGUGAAGAAGAUGGGCUUGGGUCAUGAGCAAGGAUUUGGAGCCCCAUGCUUGAAAUGCAAAGAAAAAUGUGAAGGAUUCGAACUGCACUUCUGGAGAAAAAUAUGCCGUAACUGCAAGUGCGGUCAAGAAGAACAUGAUGUGCUUUUGAGCAGUGAAGAGGACCGAAAAGUGGGAAAACUUUUUGAAGACACCAAGUAUACUACCCUGAUUGCAAAACUAAAAUCAGAUGGAAUUCCUAUGUAUAAACGCAAUGUUAUGAUACUGACCAAUCCAGUUGCUGCUAAGAAGAAUGUCUCCAUCAACACCGUUACAUAUGAAUGGGCUCCUCCUGUCCAGAAUCAGGCAUUGGCCAGGCAAUACAUGCAGAUGCUGCCCAAGGACAAGCAACCAGUGGCAGGCUCGGAGGGGGCACAAUACCGGAAGAAGCAGCUGGCAAAACAGCUCCCUGCACAUGACCAAGACCCUUCAAAGUGCCAUGAGUUGUCUCCCAGAGAGGUUAAAGAGAUGGAACAGUUUGUGAAGAAAUAUAAGAAUGAGGCUCUGGGAGUAGGAGAUGUAAAACUUCCCCAUGAAAUGGAAUCACAAGGCCCCAACAAAAUGCACAUCCCUGGCGGGGAUAGAAGCACCACAGCAGCAGUCGGGGCCAUAGCCAGUAAAUCAACUGAACACAAAAGAACUCAGUAUUCCUGCUACUGCUGCAAACUGAGUAUGAAGGAAGGUGAGCCUGCUGUCUAUGCUGAAAGGGCUGGCUAUGAUAAACUGUGGCACCCAGCUUGCUUUGUCUGCAGUACCUGCCGUGAACUCCUGGUUGACAUGAUUUAUUUCUGGAAGAACGGGAAACUGUAUUGUGGCAGACAUUAUUGUGACAGUGAGAAACCUCGAUGUGCUGGCUGUGAUGAGUUGAUAUUCAGCAACGAAUAUACCCAGGCAGAAAACCAAAAUUGGCAUCUGAAACACUUCUGUUGUUUUGACUGUGACAACAUCCUUGCUGGGGAAAUAUAUGUGAUGGUCAAUGACAAGCCAGUAUGCAAACCCUGCUAUGUGAAGAAUCAUGCUGUGAUAUGUCAAGGAUGUCACAAUGCCAUCGAUCCCGAAGUGCAGAGAGUGACCUAUAACAAUUUCAGCUGGCACGCAUCCACAGAAUGCUUUCUGUGCUCCUGCUGCAGCAAGUGUCUCAUUGGGCAAAAGUUCAUGCCAGUAGAAGGGAUGGUUUUUUGUUCAGUAGAGUGUAAGAAGAUGAUGUCUUAAGAGAGGAACAUCGAGCAAUAUUGAACCACAACUGUCCAAAAUGCUCUGCAUUUCAACUGUAAAAUGCAAUUUGGAAAAAUAAAUGGGGGAAAAAAAAGAGAAACUGUAAAGGAAACCAGGAGAUUGAUUGUGUUCAGUAUAUCUCUUUGCUGUUUUUUCUUAUCAAGUUUUUUUUUUUCUAUUUCAACUUUUAAAACCUACUUUAAGCAUUUGACUUUAAAGAUGGUAAAGAAUUUUAUCUGUCCAGGUAUAAAAGACUUUUGUGUUGUGAGCUUGGUUUUAAUGAAUUUUCAUAUCUUACCCCUCUUGUGCCAAACACAGUAUGUAAAAACUUUAAAAGUUAAUAUACUGAGUGAAGAUGAGCAUUUCAUGUUCUAUAUUUUUGUUUUCCUCAUGUGCUAAACAAGAAGGAAAUUAAACUUGUCUCAGUACCAAAGAUCUGGAUGUGCUGCCUCAUAGCCAUUGAAGUCUGUGGUGUAUAGAGUGAACUAUUUUUAAAAAAUUAAAAAUGUAUCAUAACAUUUAAUUUAAUGACUAUACAUUUGCUGUUUCUUUCUAAUUGAGGUAGACACAAUUUUAUUUACACUCCUCUAAUUAUUAAAAUUUUCCUACCUCCCAGUUUUCUCUAAACUGGUGAACUCCCAUCUGUGGCCUUGAAUAUUUUGUCACAUGUGGCAUCCAUACUUUUCUAUCAGUGAUUUUUGCCUUGAAUUUACAUUAUGUUUUUUAACUUAAAGAAUAUGCAUACUUUUUAUACUCAAUAAACUAUAGAUUCGACUGAUUUUUACUUGGUUGCAUAGUUUGGAUAGAUAAUUGUUUUGGUCUUCAUUCCUGUGAUACUUUUAAGCAUGUCCACAGGACUAUCAGGCGCCUUCUUGGCCUCUAAACUUUGAUCUUUCAAAUCCCUAAUGUUUAUUUUCAUUUGUAACCUUAAACAUAUAGCUAUGACUAUGAAAAUUAAGUGGAAUGAAUGUGUAUAUUAUUCAAAAUAAAGUCUCACUUUAAUAACUUGCA